AUGUCCCUUCUCUUCCACCUUACCUUCCGCAACGUCCUGGCACUCUCGAUCGCCAUCCGCGUCGGCCUCAUCAUAUAUAGUGAAUGGCACGACGCGCACUCAGUCGUGAAAUACACCGACAUCGACUACCGCGUCUUUAGCGAUGCUGCUCGCUUCCUCCGUUCCCCCAGCGCUGACAACACGUACCGCUACACGCCGCUGCUAGCGUUCUUGUUGCUCCCCAACGAAUGGCUCCAUCCCUCGUUCGGGAAGUACCUCUUCGCGGCCUGUGACAUCUUGAAUGGGAUCAUCAUGUACCGGCUGCUUCGCACUGAAGUGGUCUCAUCCGCGACGGGAAAGAUAACAGACGUGUCUGCGCCGACCCUCUAUUCGGCCACCCACCUCCUCAACCCCAUGGUGUUCUCCAUAUCCACUCGGGGAUCAUCAGAAGCAGUGCUAUCAACGCUCGUCCUGCUAACGCUCUAUGCGGCCCUGAAGAGGCGCUGGGACGUUGCGGCUGUUUUGCUCGGUGUGAGCACCCAUUGGAAGAUUUACCCGUUUGUCUAUGGUAUCGCUUGCCUUGGGGUCAUCACUAGCGAGAUCGAGAACGACAAACAUCUCGCGCAAAGGUCUUCAAUGACUGCCGGCCCUUUCGCAUACCUAGCGAAGCUUGUCAACAAGCGAACGCUGCGCUUCCUUGCCAUCAGCGCGGGGACCUUCGUAGCGCUCGGCGUGGGCUGCUACGCUAUCUGGGGAUAUCCCUUCCUGUACGAGUCGUACCUCUACCACCUCCACCGACUCGACCAUCGGCACAACUUUUCGCCUUACUUCUACCUUGUCUACCUUUCCUGGCACGACAACGUCGCGAACGCUACUCCUCGUCUCUCGCUGAUACGGCGAGCCCUGCGAUCCCCGCUUACCAGCUUCGUGCCGCAGAUGGUGCUUACGCUGGGGACGGGGCUGCUAUUCGGACGAUGUGCCAGGGACCUGCCCUUCGCCUGGUUUGUGCAGACGGUGGCGUUUGUGCUCUUCAAUAAAGUGUGCACAUCACAAUACUUCCUCUGGUACCUGCUGCUACUACCCCUCAUCAUGCCCCGGCUACGCAUGUCCCCGCGGAAGGCCGUAUUAACCAUCGCCGUCUGGGUGCUUUCGCAAGCCUUAUGGCUUUGGAAUGGCUUCAGGCUUGAGUUCCUUGGCGAGAACGUCUUCCUUGCACUAUGGAUGUCGUCCCUCGUGUACGUAGCGGGGCACGGAUGGGUCCUCGGACAGAUGAUCGAUGCAUAUACAGGAGUUGGGGAGGUGCAGAACAAGCCCAAAGUUGAAUAA